AAUUUCUGGUUUCAGUUUAAAGUAAGUGUAAAAUAUAGUGGAUGUUAAUAUAUUGAUUUGUUCCAAAUUUUUAAACAUGGAGCUCAACUGUGUAACUGGAGAAAUUUGUACACAAGUGACAAGACACUGACAAAACACAGAAAUGAGAAAUCUAUCUGCAAUGGUGAUAAUUUAGUCCUCUCCAGUCUUGUACCACUCCAGCUCCAUACUGAGGGGAGUAUAGGAGGAGAAUAUUGUGUCCUAGAAGUCCUAGGCUUGUUAUAUACCGGUGAUGUGGAACUUUUAAACUCAGAAUGGAUACAUUAGGGAGAUCGGCUCAAGUUGCUCUGGAUAUUAAUGAUGUUUUUCUUCCUGAGUCACCGACUAAAUCUUUUAAUGUUUGGAGGAAAUGGAAUCGUCUCUCCAGAUUACAGAAAAGCAUGCUGUAUAUGCUCCUUACUAUAUGUUCAAUCAUAUUUCUUUAUCACAUGAAUGUUUACAAUAAACAUCCGAACAUACAACGGACUAUUAAGACAGAGCCAAAACACGACUGGCCGCCGAAAUUUGGUCAAAAGUUGGAGGAAAAGGAGGUUGAAAAUCCCAAGUUUGGGGUCGUCAAUGACAAUCAAAAUGUUGCAAUGGAGGAGGAAGGUGCUGACGAUGAUGAGGACGAAGAUGAAGACGAGGACGGGGGAGACAGUAAUCAUGCCGAGGAGGAAACAGUAGAGGAACAUGAUGAUAAACCUGGAGAAGAGAAGCAGGAGGAAAACAAACUGCCUCCAAAGGACGGAAGUAUCAAAUUCAACGGACCUCAGAACGAUCGCCAGAGAGCUGUAGUUAGUGCGUUUCAACAUGCUUGGCAGGGUUACCGGAGAUACGCCUGGGGCAGAGAUCAUCUGAAACCAAUAUCUAAAACCCACCAGACCUGGUUCGAUCUUGGAUUAACCUUGAUAGACAGCCUGGACACUAUGCUCGUCAUGGGGUUGAAGGAGCAGUAUGUGGAAGCGAGGGUUUGGGUGGAGGACAACCUCAAGUUUACUACAGACAAGGAUGUAAACCUGUUCGAGACAACCAUCCGAGUGCUAGGUGGUCUCCUCUCAACCUAUCAUCUAUCCCAGGACCAAAUAUUCCUAGAUAAAGCUGUGGACCUGGCAGACAGGUUAAUGGGGGCCUUUGAUUCCUCUUCUGGAGUUCCUUACUCCGAUGUAAACCUGAGGACCGGGGUUGGACACUCGCCUAAAUGGAGUCCGGAUAGUUCAACCUCGGAGGUUACAACAAUACAACUAGAGUUUAGAGAUUUAUCCAGGAUUACAGGGAACUCUAAGUACGAGGAUGCAGUAUCCCGGGUAUCUGAGUUGGUUCAUGGUUUGGAUAAAAACCAGGGACUUGUUCCUAUAUUUAUCAAUGCUAACUCAGGACAAUUCAGAACGUACAGUACUAUAACCAUGGGCGCCAGGGGAGACUCCUACUAUGAAUACCUACUGAAGCAGUGGUUACAGACCGGGAAGUCUAUAGAGUAUCUCAAGAAGGAUUACAACGAGUCAAUGUUCGGGGUGAUGAACAAGAUGGUUCGGAGAACUGUUCCAAAUAAUCUAGUUUUCCUCGGAGAGAUUCUGUCCGGAGGAAAAGAUUUUAAACCUAAGAUGGAUGAGUUAGCCUGCUUCCUUCCUGGAACCCUGGCACUAGGGUUUAGAAACGGAAUGCCGCAAUCACAUAUGGAUCUUGCUCAGGACCUUGCUUACACUUGCUAUCUGACUUUUGCCAGACAACCGACUUUCCUAGCUCCUGAGAUAACCUACUAUAAUACUGCAGAGGGAUCGACUAAGGAUUUUUAUGCCAAGCCGAAUGACGCGCACUAUCUCCUGCGUCCUGAAACUAUAGAGAGCUUGUGGUAUCUCUACUAUAUGACAGGAAACAAAACCUACCAAGAUUGGGGGUGGAAAAUUUUUCAGGGUAUUGAGAUUUAUACAAAGGUUAGUGGAGGAUACACUACUAUUAGUAAUGUAAGGAACCCCUUAGAUACACGGCCCAAGGAUAUGAUGGAGUCCUUUUUCCUGGGCGAGACCUUAAAGUAUCUCUACCUUCUGUUUGCUGACAAGCAUGAGAUAGACCUGGAUAAAUGGGUGUUUAAUACUGAAGCUCAUCUCCUUCCUCUCUACCCGCACUAGUCAAUGCUUCCUUGUGAUAUAUCAGGAGACCCUGAGUAAGGAGCGGUUGUAUUUCCGAUCUUUUGGUUAAAAUACUCUGCUUUCUUCACUUCAAUCACUACAUAGCCUAUUAUUCAUUUCUCCCUGAGGAGUGCUUAGGAUCUGGAUACGUUGGAUCAGCAAGAUUUUGGCUUCCUGGAUCCGGAUCCAAGGGUACGGAUCCAGGAUCUGGAUCUGCAUCAAAAUUAAAUGGAUCUUAAGCACUGCUUGUCCUUGUAGCUAACGUCCUUUAAUGAGAAAAGAUCUCAUGAAUCUAACCAGAAGACCGAGACUAGGACUGUUCUCUAGCCAGGGCUUACAGUGUGUGUGUUUGUGAUAUCUCUACACGAGACAAUGUUUCCAUGUCAGCUUUAAAACUCUUAAACCUAGUGACAAUAUAUUUCAAUGACUUUAAAUGAAAAGCUUAUGACUCCUGAAAUCCUGGUUAAAUGAUUAAAUUUCAGUGGUGUAUAUUUUCUAAAAAAAAAUACCCCCCCCCCUUGAAAUAGGGGAAAUUGGGGUAAAUAAAUAAAAUUAGGUAAAAAAAAUCUAAGAUGAAAAACUUGCCAUUUGAUGUCAUUCCCCCCAGAUCUUCAAAAAUCAUUCUUAAAAAUAUACACUCCUGUAAUAUUUGUAAGCCCUAAACAAGAUAAAUUUAAUAAAGUUUACACAAUUCAAAUGUUGGGCUGUUUUGGUUUAUACUGUGAUCGUUAUUUAGAAUACGAGUAUUUAUUUUAAUUCAUUUUAUCUUCAAAGAUGAAAAAAGAAUUGAUAUAUUCUGUACUUAAACAAUGUGUAUUGUGUAAUGCUAAUCUAUAUUGAUAAACUACUAUUUUGUAUGAUUUUAAUUUGACAACUCUAAAUUUAUGUGUUUACAUCUUGUGAUUAUAAAUAAAUAUUAAAUUGAUUUUA